AAAUGGAGUAUGUGAGUAGACGAGGCAGGCAACCUCUGUCUCACACUGUUCUGUUUUGCAGACAGGAACAUUCUCCCUCUGCUUUUAGAUAAGGGAACUGCAUACAGAAAGUGCCUUCAACCAACUGCUGGGACUCAAAUAAAGUGUCUCUUGAAAAACGAUUUCCUAUUUUUGUGGGAGAACUAACAAAGACCAAUCAGUCAGCAUCUUUGUUAUAUUUUUUAUUCCACCGGACUUUUGCAUAUUUUUAGCAUUUUCUUCCCUCACUGGGUUUUGUGCAGUGUUGCCCAGCAUGAUUUUCACUACAGCUGGUGUCCUUGGUGCCUCGCUGGGCACUGCAUCUGGUAUUCUUACUCUCUGUGGGCUCUCACUGAUCUGCAAGUCCUGUAAGAAAGGCAAACUGGAAAGUGAUGAGGAUUCAGACCCGAAUAAGGUGAAACCCAGUGUGCUGCACUCCUCAGACCAGUUCAGUGUGGAAAAAUCUACAGAGCCAAUCCAACCAAGGACGUUGUUGAAAUUUCCUAAAAUAUACCGGCCUAAAUCAUCUGUGACCUCACCUGAGGUCAUCAACUACCCCAAUCAUGCCUCAGGGAAGGGGGGCUGGCUCUCCACCGAGGGACCCUUGGUUGAGCCUGACGCUAGUAACCAAGCAACGGACGGCUCUGACACGUUCAUGAUCCUCAGAGAAGACUCUAAAGAUGAAAGCCCCUGCGCCAGGGUGCUUCGCAACGGGAUGACAACAAGCAGCUCGAUCGUCCACCCAAAGCUGCAUUUCUCCCUCACCUAUCACGCCGAGCAGAACGAGCUGCACAUCACCAUCAUAGAAGCAGAGCAUGUCAGCGUGGGGCCUGGCAGUGAGGGCUAUGUGGCCGGAGUCCUGACCUCAGCAGCGCGCCAGAAGGAGGCCCAGACCUCAGUGCGGCGCCUGACCAGCCACACGCGCUGGGAGGAAGGACUGGUCUUCUCCUUGCCGGGGGGAUAUGAGGUGGAGGGCGAGGUGUCUCUCUGCCUGCACAGCUGUGACCGCUUCUCCCAGAACACCAACCUGGGCGUCAUGAGGUUCAAGUUGGUCGACGUGGGCAUGAUGUCCGACGCGGACUGUUGGGUCGACCUUCAACCACCUAAACAGCUGGAUAUCCAGUCAGCUGGCGAGCUCCUGCUGUCCAUAAGUUACCUGCCGGCAGCAAACAGACUGGGAGUGGUGGUGAUGAAGGCUCGAGGACUCCAGUUGGACAAGCUGAAUGACUCCAUAGACCUGUCUGUGAAACUGACCCUGAAGCACCAGGCUACCAAGCUGAAAAAGAAGCAGACGCGACGGGUCAAGCACAAGAUGAACCCUGUGUGGAACGAGAUGAUGAUGCUGGAGGUUCCCCGCGAGCUGCUGUCUAAAUCCAGUCUGGACCUGGAAGUAUUGAACCAGGCAGGUCCUGGUGAGCUGGAGUCUCUGGGCCGCUGCCAUCUGGGUUUAGAAGCCUCUAAUAUUGGUCUCCAACACUGGCAACAGAUGCUCGAUAACCCCCGUAAACAGACCGCCAUGUGGCAUGCACUGUAUGACUAAUAUACAGUGUAUAUAUAUAUAUAUAUAUAUAUAUACUGGCCUUCCAAAUACAAAAAUAGUAUACCACACGUCACAAUGAAACUGUACAAGGCUGGAGUGAGUAAUUUCAACAGCAUAAAAUAUAUUACAUCAUAUGAAGAAUUAUUGAGUACAGCAUUUCACUGUAUUUGAACAUACCACUGGAUAUCACAGACGUUUCCAAGAUUAUCAAGUACUAACACAUUUUACAUAUUCACUACAUUGUGAUAAAUCGACUACAGCACCUACAGUUAACCACUCUAUGGUCUCCAUGGUUUCCAUUGCUGAACAGGAUCACUAUAAAUAAUGUAUUUUUCUGUGGUAUAGAGGUUUGGUACAGUAUCAGGUAGGUAAUUUUAUGAUAAAAAUAAGUGACAUAGUCAAUGUUUGAGCUGCCAUUUUUUUGUAUGUAUUCACAAACUUGGAAUGAGAUUGAGGAAAUAAACCUUGCUGAAAGUUAAAAUCCUAUCUGUAUUGACUGGAUAAGGACAUUCAACCCUGUGUAAAUGAAAAACAAUAUUGGCAUUUGUUGAUAUACUGUGAUAAAAUGAAAGUGGACUGAUUAAAGUUGUUUACACAGGGUCAAGUAAUGGCAGCUAAAGUUAUAAAUAUAAUGUAUAAAAAUCAUUCAUUCAAUAUAGUAAUGUCUCCUCAUCAAUAUGUGCCACUGGAUGUUGUUGGGUUUUUCUUUUAAUAAUGAGAGUUGUUAUAUAUGGUAGGAGUUAUAAGGCAACUUCACAUUUUGCACUUCAAUUCAGCACUUUUACUUUUACAUAGUUUUUGUCAAAUUAGCUGCUAUAGACUUCUAGUAAUAAAACAAUUGUACCUUAAAGUUAGAAAUAUAUAAUCAAUCAAGUUAAACUUGUAAAGUAUGUUUCACAUGCACACGUAAUAAUAUACUAUAGACCCACAAUCAGUCAAUACACCCACUGAAAUCUGCUUCACAUUUCGGUUGUUCCAUUAUUUCUUUUUCAUUUUCUGCAUGUUAUUUUGUCAGUGUGCCUAUAUGAAAAACAAGGUAAUCAUUUGUUGAUAUAAAAAUUGUUAUUUUGUAAUAAUAUAACUGAUUCUCUUAGGAUGCCAUGGGCAUUAAUAUUGUAUGUUCUUGCUAUAUGUUGAAAUGGACAAUCUGCUCAUGUUUUAACUGGUGCCAUAAUUAUGCAUGCAGUGGUGUGCAUACUUAAAACAGCCCUAAACCACAGCACUUCCAGCUAAUGAUGUACACUAGCUAAACUAUGUAAAAACUUUUACAGGAUGGAUACAAAGCAACAUUAAAUCAUCCAGUAUUACAAGGUG